AUGGCUGCACGCGCUAACGUUGACACUGUAUCUGAAUUCCUCGCUAGGGCUGUUGAUGUGUGCCAUGCUGUGCGAGGGAUACACUGUCUGGGAUAUACAGAUCGCUGUGAUACCGACUUUGCUCGCUUGCUCGAGGGGUUGACGCAUUCGGUGAAGCGUGUUGAGGGUGAAGAGGGAGAAUACGAGAAAAGUCUGAUCAGGUUUGCCUGUGUUCAGAUUGGUAAUGACCUCGUCGUCCACGUCAACCGUGUCUUGAACGCGUUCAGUGAUUCAAUUGAUGUCGCUGGCUUCUGCAAGCUUUGGCCCCUGGACGAUGUCACGGCGCUGAAUGCACGGCUCCGUCAAGUGUUGCAUCAAUGCCAAGACACUUUUCCAUCGUCGCAUGAACUCUGUCUACCCUUGCUCGCUGAUUUACAGCUCACAAGCCGUGACCUUGAGUCUGAAGAGACUGAGACGGAGAGUCCAAUUGAGCACACGGAAACAACUGCUCAGGAUGAUGCUGGCAAAUCUCCCGGGCAGAUCUCGGUUAUCCCGAGACCCCCGAGGCUAGCUUCCGUCGGCCUUAUCAAUGACUUCAUUCUCGAGAGUCUGUCAUACAAAAGUAUGCAUGAUCGCGAGAGUCAAGUCACUGAAGCUCACGCCAAGACUCUUGAUUGGAUCUUUGACAAUUCGCCCAUCAACGAAUCUCUGCGUCAGAGCUUCAGAGACAGCUUCGUCUCAUGGCUUAGCACCACGGAGCUGGGUCCUACCUACUGGAUCACUGGAAAACCCGGGUCUGGUAAAUCCACGCUCGUGAGAUACCUCUCCCAGCAUCCAGUUGCGCUGUAUCACCUUCGUAGAUGGGGCGGGAAGAAGAGGGUCAAUACAGCGGGCUUCUUUUUCUGGACCAGUGGAUCUCAGCAGCAAAGGUCGCAAACUGGCCUGCUGCGAUAUCUUCUCCAUCAGCUGCUGUCCUCUGAUCCAGAGCUCAUUGAAAAGGCAUUUCCUGAUCUCUGGAGUCGCUUGCGACAGAUGACGACCAAGGAACGAGUCAACUUUGCUCUGGAAUGGACUGUUCAAGAAUUACAGGCUGCCUUCCACUCUCUUCUCGACGCGGCUUUACCUAACGUGAAUGUCUGUCUCUUCAUCGACGGUCUUGAUGAGUUUGAUGGCGACCAUGUCCAAAUCAUCAACUUCUUCAGGGACUUAACAUCCAGAUAUGAUGGAAAGUCACUCAAACUCUGUCUCUCAUCUCGGCCAUGGGAUGUCUUUGAAAAGGCAUUCGAAACGUCUGUUCCAAAUACCAAGCUUCAGGAUCUGAGUUACGACGAUAUGUACCGCUAUGCAGCAGAUACACUGAGAACGAAUGACCAUAUUCGAAGAAUGAUGAAGCAGAAUCCGGAUUCGACUCAUCUGUUAAUCACUACAGUAGUUGAACAGGCUAACGGAGUUUUCUUAUGGGUUAGACUCGCAGUUGAGCGUAUGCUCGUAACAUCUCAGAAGAACUGCGAAUUCGAAGUCUUGGAGACAACUCUGAAAGAACUCCCAACAGAACUUGAUGAUCUCUUCGAAAAGCUACUGUUCAAGGAUCAGGCAUCCUCGGAGAUCAUGCAGACUGCCACUCUAUUCCAGCUCAUGCGGGCCAGAGAAAUCGUCGCAGGCUUUAUCAAGGAUGAGUCCUCCAACUCACUGACAGUCUGGGAACUCGCCUUUGCACUUUUCAAAGAGGAUGAUGUUGUGGCUCUCGAUCGCGAAGUGUUGGAAGCGACAAAUGAAGAAAUUCAAAGACGCUGCGGAACGGCAGUACAGUAUAUCCAAGCUCGCUUCGCAAGGCUUUUGAACGUCCACGUUGCCAAGCCGACGGGUAAUAUGUGUGUACCAAAGUUCCAGGACAAGAACGCCAAUAUUGCAAGCCUCAUCACGACUAGCAAGGUCAUCUAUAUACACCGCACAGUUCGAGACUGGCUCAUGGACGGCGGUGCAGGAAAGCGUCUUGAAGCACUCCAGUCUACAGAUUUCGACUCUCAUCUUCGACAUCUGAGAUCAUAUGUCCUUCGUCUGAAGCAUCCUCUCGAAGAAAUCGAGCAUCAUCGGCGUUUAGAUGAGUGGUAUCCUGAUAUUGCACUCGCCAUGACACAUGCUCGAUAUAUCAUCAGAGAUCCCCAAGGCCUUCAGCGGAAGUUCCUGAAUGAGAUGGAUAAAACUCUUUCUUGGUUCUGGCUUGGGAAGCCUUCUGAUCCAUAUGAUCAUUGGGCAAAGAGUACGUUCGGGGCUUAUGAGAUCAGGAUGAAAGCGCCUCCUAUUCAUCGGCCGUUUCUGUGUCUUGCCACCAAGUUCAGUCUAACAGAUUAUGUCUGUCAGGAAGUCGAGGACCUGAGUCGCGAAGAACCAGCAGUGGAAGAAGAGGAAGAGGAUGGGUCAACACCUUUACUCUCCUACGCGACAAAAUUUCUCUGCUCUCGUAGCAAGACCAUCUUCCCCAUGUCAUCGCCCCAGCUCGUCCGUUGGCUUCUCAACAACCCAUCACGCAUCAACCCAGGUCCCAAUCAUGGAUACAAACACUUCAUCACACACCAGUCAAUUACUCCAUGGCUAGCUGUUCUUCGUCAUCUUCGUGAUGCAAAGCGUAGGGGAUGGAUUGAGUACUACGAUGUCAACCCUGAAGGAACUGCACGCUGGGCUGAGAUUGUAAGGGAGUUCGUGCAGUUUUCGGAUGUCAGAGCUGUGGUUUUGAAGGAUAUGUGGGAUGCAGAAAUCACUGCGUUGGGGGUCAUGGAGAUGCUGGAGCAAACCUACGGUUCUGCCGAGGCGCAGAGGAUCAGGGUAUUGAUGGAAAAGAAAAUGGUUCGGUAA